ACAUACAUCAAUAGUGAACUCUUACAUGUCGAGUCAAUGACCAUAAGCGACAUCUGUAACGAUAUUGCGAACCCUGAGAAGAAUAGGAACGAUACAUCAUUCGGCGAGUCUUCGGUUGACGAAAGGAAGUCGGCUAGCAACAUCUGCAAUCAAAUUACAACCAGAGGAUCACCGAAAAUUCUUUUAACAUCUGAUAAAGGGAGUUCGGUGAGCGUCAUUCAAAAAGACAUUGCAAGCAUUGAAAGAACGUCCGAUGUAUCAUUGGCGGACAAAAGAAACCUUGUUAGUGACGCCCAUCGCGGUAUUGCAAGUGCCGAGAAAAUGUGUCACGAUUCAUUUGGUGAGUCCUCGAUCAAAUUGGUGAUUGAUGUAAACAGCGAUACUGAAAAACAAGGAGGAAAGGACGACUUAUUCGAUGAGUCUUUUGUUAACAAAAGCGAGUCGAUGAUUGAUGGCCACAAUGAUCUCAAGGGGAACGUUGAAAGAGCAAUCAGAAGUACUGACACUGAAGGAACAAGGAAGUCUCAAAAGAUAAAUGUUCAGAGAGAGAGCCGAAAAACUCUUUCGUCAAUAACGAGCGAUUCAUUUGUCGAACCUUUGGCUGGUCAAAGAAAAUUGGCGAACGACGCUGGGGAUGAGGUGUUCACUGGUGCCACAAAGGCGAUGGAUUAUGUCGAAGAUAGACAAUUGAUUAUUGAAAACGGCACCGCCGAAAAGAAUUCUUCCGAGUUCAGGAAAAGUGAUUUAAUGACAUUUGAUAGUUUUGAUGAUAAUUUUGAACUUGACGACGUUACUGAAAAAUACAUAUUCUCAUGGGAGAAAAUCAUAAACAACAAAGCUGACGAGAGAAUCAAUUCAACGCAGGGGAUGCACAAUCGCGAUGUUUCUCGGAUCAAUGCGGACGAUAGUUGCUACGGGGAAACGGAUACCUAUUUGAAGAAAUCGCUUUCACAUCGGACGUCUGGUGAACUUAAAGUAGAAGAUUUAUUCGAGAAAGAAAGCGUUUUCGGUAGCACCACCGACUACACCGCCAUUGUAAAUAUGGAUAACGGACAAUCAGAAAUUGCCACCGAUAGAAUAUUUAGAGAAAACAAUGAUAACGAUAUUUCGAGUGCAACGAAUCUAUCAAUUCACUCUUCAUCUUCGGGUAACGGUAAGCAUAACGUACAAAACACGUCAACUUCAUCAACGUUCUUCCCUCUUCCAUAUGCCGCGUCAUCCCCAGAAUUCUCAAAGACGAACACCAAGCCGAACCAUCUCUCUUUAAAUCACGUGGUACCGACAACACCGGUAAAACAAAGUAGACCAGGGGUCAUCACUGUGGAAGACUAUUUGCGUGAAAUAACGGAAGAACAAACCAAGAGGUUGAUCCUGAAAACCUCUCAAAUGGUAGAGGAACUCUUGGAAGUGAAGAGGAAGGCGAGAGAUGCAAUAAUGUCAAUACCUGUUAUAUGA